GAAGAAGUACCAAAAGGUGCUAGCCAGUGUUGUUGUUAUCCAAAAGAACUACCGCGCAUACUUCUGGAAGAAGAACCUGCUGCGACUGAAGGCCUCUGCCGUCACCCUGCAGAAGCACUGGCGUGGUCGCCUGGCUCGAAGCCUCUACCAGCACCUGCUGCAGCAGGAACUCAGGCGGAAGCAGGAAGCGGAGGAGAGAAGGAGCUGCAACUUAGAAUUUGGCUGGGAAAAGCUGCAGGGCCUGGGAAAUAAAUAUUGUUGCCCUCCUGUUCUGCUUGAGCCUCAUGUAGGAGAACUGAGUCUUAUCUCUGACCAUCAUGUCUUGUAUUUUAACAGAGAAAAGGAGCAACUGAAUGUGCUACUCCAGGUGGCUCAGGUGGAAGCAGUGAAGACUGAGGAGGUAGAUAUUCCCCUGCAAGAAGAAGAGAGACGUCAGAUGGAGGAGAUCUUAAGACUGGAGAAGGAGAUUGAGAAGUUGCAGCAACAGAAGGAGGAUCACAUGUCUAUCAUCUGUGAAAACACCAGGAACAAAAUCAAUCGGCAGCGAGAGGAAGAGAUCCAGAGGCUGGAAAAGGAGGCAUCUAGGGUUGCCCAGGAGUUCUUGGAGCUGCUGGAUUUUGGCAAUCUGGAUGAAAGUGUGCAGAACUUAGAGCGCUCGCUUUCUAGCGAGGGGACGCUCAACAUUGACUGCAGCCUGGUGGCACCGCUGGCUGAAGAAGAGGUGGAUGAGGGUUUUCAUGCUGAUGAUGAAGGACGGCCAACUUCCAGUUUGGUGGUCUUGAAUCAGCACAGCACAAGAAACAGUGGUAACUGCUCAGAGGAAGUUGCAGACACGGGUCUUUCACUUCCCCGAGGGGAACUGGGAGAGGUUGUCCCUGCUCCAGGACAAGCUAUGGAGAGAACCACCAGCCCCAAGGAGCAGAGAGCCCUCUCUGACCCAGCAGAAAGCAUUUACAGCACUGUCUCAGAUAAGCAGAGGAGUAACAGCGGAGAGGUGGGAGAUUCGACUUACACCUCUCCCGCGGAUGUAGAGUCUGACUACGACCAUGAGGAGUUCGAUGGUUGUGGAGAUGCAGGCAGUGCCUCAGCUGAGCCUCUGAACGGUGAGGAAGGUCCGAGGCAUUCCCGUGGUACCAGCCUGGACUCCAACCGUGGCAGCCUGGACUCGUUUCUGGAAAGUGAAGAAGAAGUGGAUGUUUACAUUGAUACAGAUGAAGAGUUUUGUAACGGACGAGUCACUAUCUUCAAUGGAUCAGGACCACCUUAUUUUCACAGCUAUCUGUACAUGAAAGGAGGCCUCAUGAACCCGUGGAGACGGCGCUGGUGUGUUCUGAAGAACGAGGCCUUCAUGUGGUUCCGCACCAAGCAAGAGGCACUGAAGUCAGGCUGGCUCUAUAAAAAAGGGGGAGGCAUGUCGACGCUUUCACGCCGCAACUGGAAACGCCGUUGGUUUGUGCUUCGAGAGUCCAAGCUGAUGUACUUUGAGAACGACAGCGAGGAAAAGCUGAAGGGGACAAUUGAUAUCAGAAGGGCAAAGGAGAUUGUGGACAUUCACGAAAAGGAGAAUGCCUUGGACAUUGUGACAGAAGACAGAGUUUAUCACAUUGUCGCAGAGUCACCGGAAGAUGCCAGCGGUUGGUUUAACGUCCUGAGCCGAGUGCACAGUGCUACAGCGCAGCAGCUGAGGGAAAUGCAAGAUGAACAGGCCAAUCCCAAGAAUGCUGUGGGGACCCUGGAUGUUGGGCUCAUUGACUCUGUCUGCGCCUCAGACAAUCCUGAUAGACCAAAUUCUUUUGUGAUCAUCACAGCAAACCGAGUGAUUCACUGCAACAGCGACACCCCUGAGGAGAUGCAUCACUGGAUCUCCCUGCUGCAGAAACCGAAAGGGGAAUCCAAGGUUGAUGGCCAGGAAUUCCUCGUGAGAGGCUGGCUUCACAAAGAGGUUCAGAGCAGCAACAAGAUGUCCUCGCUGAAGAUGAAGAAGCGCUGGUUUGUUCUGACAAACACUGCCCUCGAUUACUACAAGUCAUCCGAGCGCACAGCUGCCAAGCUGGGCACACUUGUGCUCAACAGCCUCUGCUCUGUAGUGCAGCCCGAUGAGAGGGUCUUCAAAGACACAGGCUAUUGGAACAUCAUUGUCCACGGGCGAAAGCACUCCUACAGACUGUACACGAAGCUGCUGAACGAAGCCAUGCGCUGGGCCUCUGCCAUUCAAGGUGUCAUUGACAGCAAAGUUCCCAUCGAAACACCUACACAGCAACUCAUUCGCGACAUCAGGGAAAACAGCACAAACUUUGAAGUAGUGGAACAGACGUACAGGAGGAACCCCAUCUUACGAUAUACCCAGCACCCCCUGCAUUCCCCGUUGCUCCCAUUACCGUACGGAGAUGUCAGUGUCAACUUGCAACAAGAGAAAGGUUACAGCAGCUUACAGGAUGAAGCAGUGAAGAUCUUUAACUCCCUUCAGGAAAUCGAGACGGUGUCUGACCCCAUCCCCAUUAUCCAAGGCAUUCUGCAGACCUGCCACGACUUAAAGCCCCUUCGUGAUGAAGUGUACUGUCAGCUCAUCAAACAAACGAACCACAUGCCGCAUCCCAACAGUACGGGGAACCUGCACCACUGGCAGCUCAUGUCCUGCAUGAGCUGCACUUUCCUGCCGAGCAGAGGCAUCCUGCGCUACCUCCGCUUCCACCUGAGGAGGGUAAAAGACCUCUUUCCAGGCUCAGAAAUAGACCGGUAUGCACAAUUCAUAAGCGAUUCCCUGAAGAGAACAAAGACGAGAGAGUUUGUGCCCUCCCAGGAGGAAAUACAGGCUCUUCUCACCCGUGAGGAAAUGACCACGACGGUGUACUGCCACGGCGGCGGCUCCUGCAAAAUCACCAUCAACUCCCACACAAGCGCUGGCGAGGUGGUCGAGAAGCUGAUCCGAGGGUUAGCAAUGGAGGACAGCCGCAACAUGUUCGCGCUCUUUGAACAUAAUCAGCAGGUGGACCGUGCUGUUGAGAGUCGGGUGAUCGUGGCUGAUAUCUUGGCCAAGUUCGAGAGGCUUGCUGGCUCUGAAGAAGAAGAGGAGGAAGGACAGUGGCAGCUGUAUUUUAAGCUUUAUUGCUUCUUGGAUAUUGAGAAUGUUCCCAAAGAUGGGGUGGAGUUUGCCUUCAUGUUUGAGCAGGCUCAUGAAAGCCUCAUAGAUGGUCAUUUUCCUGCACCAGAGGACACUCUGCAGCGCCUAGCAGCACUACGGCUGCAGUAUCUUCAUGGAGAUUAUUCUAAAAUAAGUUGGACCCUUGAUGGAAUCUACCCAGUUAACAGACUAAAAUCCAAAAUACUGCACUCAACAAAGAGCAGUGGCACUACCAGUCAUACUCUGGAGAGAAGACGGACCAGCUUCCUUGAAGGCACAUUGAAACGCAGCUUCAAGACAGGUUCUGUAAAGAAGCAGAAGGUGGAAGAGGAGCAGAUGAUGGAGAUGUGGGUGAAGGAGGAGCUUUCAGCUGCUCGGGCAAGCAUAGCACAGAAAUGGACCAAGCUGCAGGGACUCUCUCAGCAUCAGGCCAUGGUGAAAUACAUGUCCAUUGUAAAGGAGUGGCCAGGUUACGGGUCAACCCUAUUUGAUGUUGAGUGCAAGGAAGGUGGAUUUCCAAAUGAUCUUUGGCUUGGAGUCAGCACAGAGAAUGUGUCUGUCUACAAACGAGGCGAUCCUAAACCACUAGAAACUUUCCAGUAUGAGCACAUUGUUUUCUUCGGAGCUCCACAGCCUAACACAUUCAAAAUUACAGUGGAUGAGAGAGAAAUGUUCUUCGAAACAUCCCAGGUGAGCGAGAUCAUAAAGAUCAUGAAAGCAUACAUCAACAUGAUUGUGAAGAAACGCUGCAGUGUCAAAUCGGCCACGAGUGUGGACAGUCACGCCAGCGUCUGGACUAGGUGAUAGGAAUGAACUGCCACGAGAGAGAGGCAGUUGUUUGAUGAUUGGUAUUCGCAACUUGCCAGCACAACUGUAGCAAAGAUGUUUUUUAAGAACUCCGCUUGAGUGACUACUGUAUUUAAAAACUGAAGUGGCAUCUGCAGUACCAUAGGAUUUGCACCUCUGCCCAAAGACGUUAAACAGUAACAACUGUUGUUAAAUAUUAAUGACCCAAAACUUGUUUUCCCCUUGCUUGUUUCACGAACAAUGUACCUUAAAGAAGCAAAGUCAGAAGCA